GGCGGGCAGGAAAGAACAUGGGCAGGACAGUGACCGUGGCUACGUGCGCCUUGAAUCAGUGGGCGCUGGAUUUUGAAGGCAACCUGGAAAGGAUUCUCAAAAGUAUUGAAAUUGCUAAAGAAAAAGGAGCAAGAUAUCGACUUGGCCCAGAACUUGAAAUUUGUGGUUAUGGCUGUUCAGAUCAUUAUUAUGAAUCUGACAUACUGUUACAUUCAUUUCAAGUUUUGGCCAAGCUUUUGGAAUCUCCUGGUAUUCAGGACAUAAUAUGCGAUAUUGGGAUGCCUAUUAUGCACCGAAAUGUUCGUUACAACUGUAGAGUAAUUUUUCUAAACAAAAAAAUUCUUUUGAUACGGCCGAAGAUAGCAUUAGCAAAUUCAGGAAACUAUCGAGAAAUGAGGUGGUUCACUCCUUGGAAUAGAUUACGGCAUGUAGAAGAAUAUUUUCUUCCAAGAAUGAUCCAAGAGAUUACAGCUCAGGAAAGUGUUCCAUUUGGUGAUGCCGUACUAGCAACUUUGGAUACUUGCAUAGGGACUGAAAUCUGUGAAGAACUAUGGAUACCAACCAGCCCUCACAUUGAAAUGGGAAUUGAUGGUGUGGAAAUCUUCACAAAUUCCUCUGCAAGUCACCAUGUAUUAAGAAAAGCAGACACUCGAGUGGAGUUGGUAAAUUCUGCAACAGCAAAGAAUGGAGGAAUCUACGUCUUGGCAAACCAGAAAGGCUGUGAUGGUGAUCGCUUGUAUUAUGAUGGAUGUGCCAUGAUAUCUAUGAAUGGUGCUACAGUUGCUCAAGGACGUCAGUUUUCACUGGAUGACAUAGAAGUCCUCGUUGCCACUUUGGAUUUAGAAGACGUCAGAAGUUAUAGAGCAGAAAUAUCCUCCCGAAACUUAGCAGCAAGCAAAGUGACUCCUUAUCCUAGAAUAAAAGUAAACUUUGCAUUGUCAAAUUCCGAUGAUAUCUGCACGCCUACAAAUGAACCUAUCCAGUGGAAGUAUCAUAGUCCUGAGGAAGAGAUCAGCCUAGGUCCAGCAUGUUGGCUUUGGGACUACUUAAGGUGUAGUAAACAGGGAGGAUUUUUCUUGCCACUUAGUGGUGGUGUGGACAGUUCAUCUGCAGCCUGCAUUGUCUAUUCCAUGUGUCUUCAGAUUUGUUAUGCAGUAAAAAAUGGAAAUCAGACAGUUUUGGAUGACGUUCGUAGAAUUGUAAAUGAUGAAAUGUAUAUUCCAAAGGAAGCCCAGGAGCUGUGUGGCCGUCUUUUAACAACUUGCUACAUGGCUAGUGAGAAUUCUUCUCAGGAUACUUACGACAGAGCCAAGUCUUUGGCUGAAGAAAUAGGCAGCUAUCAUAUCAACAUAAAUAUAGAUGGUGCAGUAAAAGCCAUUUUGGGGAUUUUCAGUACAGUGAUGAGACGAUCUCCUCAGUAUCAAGUGCAUGGAGGAAGUACGAGAGAAAAUCUGGCUCUACAGAAUCUGCAGGCCAGAAUAAGAAUGGUAAUCGGCUAUCUAUUUGCCCAGCUGUGUCUGUGGACUCGCGGAAUGCCUGGUGGAUUGUUAGUGCUUGGAACAGCUAAUGUGGAUGAAAGGAGAUCUCAACAAAGCCAACUUAAGGAAAGAGCUACCAAAAUAUUUUCAGCAUGUCAAUUGUCUCACAAGAGGAAAGAACACUUUGGACCAUUGCUAUGCAACAUUAAAAGAUGCUUAUCAGUCCCAUGAGCAGCUGUGGGACACUAUGAUCAUUGCAUGAUUCACCAUGUACUUGGGUACAAAGACUUAAAACCAUGAGAUCAACAAUUAAAUCAGUGAGAACUUGGACUGAGAAGGCAAAGCUAAAGCUACAGGCUUGCCUUGACUCCACUGAUUGGAAUGUUUUUGAAGAUACUUCUGCAGACUUAAAGGAACUCACAGAUACUGUAACAUCAUAUGCCAGUUUUUGUGAAGACCUAUGUGAGCCAACCAGAAACCUGUGAAUGUAUAAUAACAAUAAACCUUGGUUCACAGCUAAAUGUAAGCAGCUACGUCGUACCAAGGAGGAAGUCUACAGAAAAGGCGAUAGAAGGCUGUACAAUCAGGCUAGAAACUUAUUAACAAGGGAGAUCAGAACAGCAAAAAGAAGCUAUUCUGAAAAGCUAAGGAAUCGAUUCUCAACAAAUAAACCAGCAAACAUGUGGAAAACUCUUAAAAAUAUCACCAGUUACAGCAAACCUCCUUCCCAUGCUAAGGAAAUCAACAACUGACAGAUGAUCUGAAUGUGAUUUUUAGAUUUGAGAGAAAACUACUGCCACUUAUCUCCACAAUCCCCAUUUCAGACACACCAACAACAGCCAAGUCUCCUACAACUGACCCCAUCCCAUUGGGCCCACCACGACUGGAGAUUAGACAAAAUGAGGUACAAGGUCUAUUUCACAGACAAAAGGCAGGAAAAGCACCAGGCCCAGGCAAGAUAACUCCUUUUGCUUAAAAGCUUAUGCUGACCAACUGACCACAAUCUUCACUGCAUCU